AUGGACAGUAUCGCCAACCUCGUUUCCUGCGCCGCUGCCACCACAGCCGAUGUCGAAGCUCUUGUCGCCAUGUGUCGAGUGCAGUGCCCAAGUGAGGCGGACGAGUCAAUCAAGAUCCAUGCAAUCCUUCAAGAUGGGCCGGCCGAAUUACAAAGGCUCAAAAAGUCCAUGAUGGCUAAUGUUACAAAUCUUCAACAACUCAUCAUGGAGCCGUCGGAGCUGCUACAACAGCUCGCCUGUCAGACUGCACAGGUGUUGAGAACGUCAACUAAAGAAUGCCUCAUCAAGUCCCAAUUAUUGGCUUGCCUGCACUGGCUGGGGGAUUUUCAAGUCUUGGCUUGUAUCCCCCUUCGUCACAGCGUGCCGAUCAAAGAUAUCUCCGACUUGGCAGGCGUGCCGGAAGCUCAACUCUGUCGAAUAGCGCGUAUGACAAUGGCCUUUGGGUUUUUAUGCGAGCCGCAACCAGGACGUCUAUCGCAUAAUGCCUUGUCUGCCGCCUUUGUCACCAAUCCUUCUCUGCUCGACGCCGUCAUGUUUCUUGCUGGCACAGCGACUCCGUCCGCGUUGAAAAUGGCUGUCAAUACCCAGCGGCUCAACUACUCCAGCACUCCGCAGGCGACUGCGUAUAACCUUGCUAGCAAUCACGCGAGCUCAUUUAGCGCCGAGUGCGAACAACGACCGCAGCUGAGGCGACAAUGGUCUGCUUUCCGGCGCUACGGAACCGGCGAUGUGGACGAUGACCUGGUGGAAAUUCUUCAGUCACUGCAAUGUGCCAACCAAUUUGUUGGUAAACCAUGUACCGUUGUGGAGAUUGGGGCCGAGUCAACGACGCAAGCAAUGGCUCUGGCAAGUCAUUAUCCUUGCCUGAAGAUUAUAGUGCAGAUGGGCGAUUUGGAAGCUCAAUGGCAAAAUUCCGGGGGGAAGAACAUAUCCUACGAGUCUAUGCUAGACCAACCGGGGUGUAUAGUAGACGGACGAGUGACUACUCAGCGUCGCCCUAUGGGUACCACACAGACCAUUCGUGAUGCCAGAGUGUAUAUCCUUCAUCUCACUUCAUGCACAGGUGUUACAGAGGGUGUUCAGGCCGAGCUGAAACAACUGGUGGAAGUCUUGAAAAAUAACAAGCCCGGGAGAAUCGUUCUUACGUCGGGGUUACUCCCCGAACUUGGAACAAUACGCCGUAGCGUAGAGGCCCUCGCUCGGCUAAGGGACUUGACAAUGUUUCAACUCGCGAAUCAAAGGGAGUUGGAGAUGGCUGAGAUGAUGGGCAUUCUGAAUAGUAUGGGGGAUAACACCGGCCGUCUAAUCGUGGAAAAUAAGUACUGCUCGCCUACCAGUGGAGCCUCUGCUCUGGAGAUUCGGUAUCAUGAAUAUGUCACUGGAUAG